CUUCUCACCAGGCUGCUGAAGCAGAUUUCUGGCCAUAACAACAAAUAAGCUGUAAUUUGGCCUUCCAGGAGACCAAAAAAAGUCACAGCACGAGAACUACUUGGGUUGCUUUCCUGAAGCCAUCUGUGCAUGUUAUCCGCAGAUACUUUUUGGACUCAGCUAACUCAGAGGAGAUUGUGCUGAGGAGAGUGAAGGUUGAGGAGAGGGAAGGCAUAGUGUGAAGAAGGCUGAAAGCUGAACACAAAAAUCUUCUAUGCUGACAAUGAACUAACCGUCUCAAUGUGAAGCUAUCCCAUGAUGCAACAUGUGCCCCCAGCACCUGCACUAACAAUGAUGGCCACACAGAGUGUCCCCCCGCCAUCAUACCAAGAAAGUCAACAGAUGACAGGCACUACUCAACCAAACUCCAAGGCCCAGCCGGUCCACAUCCCGGCGUCCUCGGCAGCAGGGGCCACCCCAGUCAGUGUGACCCUUGACCCUCAGGCCCAGCUGGAGUCGGACAAGCAAGCUGUUUACAGACACCCCCUGUUUCCCCUGCUGGCACUGCUGUUUGAGAAGUGUGAGCAGGCCACUCAGGGGUCAGAGUGCAUAACCUCCGCUAGCUUCGAUGUAGACAUCGAGAACUUCGUCCACCAGCAGGAGCAGGACCACAAGCCUUUCUUCAGCGAGGACCCUGAACUGGACAACCUGAUGGUGAAGGCCAUCCAGGUUCUCCGCAUCCACUUGUUGGAGCUCGAGAAGGUCAACGAACUCUGCAAAGACUUCUGCAAUCGAUACAUCACUUGCCUUAAGACUAAGAUGCACAGCGAUAACCUGCUGAGGAAUGACCUGGGAGGACCUUACUCCCCAUCGCAAACGUCCCUCAACCUGCAUCAGGACAUGCUGCAAACCUCAUCUGCUUCCAUGACGACAGUCUCCAGUUCCAUCAACCCCUCAGGCAUUGUGGUACCCACCAGUCCCUUACAACAAGGGAGCGUUGCCAUGACCACCAUAAACUCACAAGUAGUAUCAGGUGGGACAUUAUAUCAGCCUGUUGCCAUGGUGACAUCACACGGGCAGGUUUUGACCCAGGCGUUACCCCAGGGAACCAUCCAGAUCCAAAAUGCACAGGUAAACCUGGACCUCGCCGCCCUCCUGGAAGGGGAUGAUAAGAAGUCAAAGAACAAGCGGGGGGUGCUUCCGAAGCAGGCCACCAACAUUAUGCGCUCCUGGCUUUUCCAGCACCUCAUGCAUCCAUACCCUACAGAGGAUGAGAAGAGACAGAUAGCAGGACAAACAAACCUGACCUUACUACAAGUCAACAACUGGUUCAUUAAUGCCCGCAGGCGGAUCCUGCAGCCCAUGCUGGACGCCAGUAACCCCGAGCCCACGCCCAAGGCCAAGAAGAUGAAGUCCCAGCACCGGCCCACCCAGCGCUUCUGGCCUGACUCCAUCAUGUCAGGCAUCGCCCAGAAGCAUGGCCCAAACUCCGCCAACAACUCUGACGGAUCCAUGGCUGGGGACGGCCUCCAGCCUCUCUCGUCAGAUUCCGCCACCCUGGCCAUGCGGCAGGCCAUGCUGGGGGGAGCGGAUGACUCGCUGGACGGGACGGAAGAGGAGGAGGAAGAUGAGGAAGAGGAUGAGGACGAGGAAGAGGAGAUGGAGGAAGAGGGAGAGGAAGGGGGCGGCCACACAGAGCUGGUGUGAGAGACAUGGGCCUGGAUCACGGAGAAGGCUUGUAGUGGUGAUAAGGGGGAUAAGGAGGAUGAGAAGAUGGCAGAACGCAAGCACAGUCCAGGUCAAUGGACACGCAGCAUGGUGAAGCUGUAAGAAGCUGACAAGACGUGACACCCAGACAGCCCCCAUUCCACUGAGACAAAUCAUGUAUUGGUAAAAAAAAGAGGAAAAAAAAAAAAAAAAGAA